UCUCUUGCUUGCUUCCUCUGUCGGAUGUACAGUUCCAAAUGAACAAGGACCGUAAACCUAAUACAGGAAUAAUGAAACUCCUUCAAAAUGCUAACACGUUUCUUCUCGUGGUGGCUGGCCUCUCAGUAACUGGACUCGUUUAUUUGAGCUACACCACCACCUCACUCAGAUAUAAAGAACAAGGACAUUGCCUUAAACCAACAAAAGAGCACCAGGAAAACUCUGAGUUGCAUUCGCCACAAGGGCUUUCAUACAAUCAGCCCUCUGUAGUGGGCCCAGAUGGCAAAGUUGUUACCUUAACACCAUGGUUAGCCCCAAUUGUAUGGGAAGGAACAUAUGAUCCCACGUUGAUUGAUUCAAUCUACAAACAACAAAACAUCACCAUAGCAACUACAGUCUUCGCUCUUGGAAAGUACACGCAAUUUCUUAAAGAUUUCCUGGAAUCUGCAGAGCAGAAUUACUUUGUUGGAUUUCGUGUGCAUUACUAUGUCUUCACUGAUCAUCCAGAACAGGUUCCUGCAGUGAAGCUGGGUGCUGAACACAAUCUGACGGUGUUGAAAGUCGCUAGUUCUAACAGAUGGCAGGAGAUCACUUUGAGCAGGAUGAAAAGACUGCAGGAACUGAUUGAGACUCGAUUGUUCAAUGAGGCCGACUACGUUUUCAGCCUUGAUGUGGAUACAAAGUUCUACGGUCGCUGGGGGGUGGAGUCUUUGGGUCGUCUUGUUGGUGUGUUACAUCCUGGUUAUUAUCAAACAUCUCGUGAACAAUACCCAUAUGAGCGCAGGCCAGAGUCUCAGGCGUUUAUUUCUUAUGGUGAGGGUGAUUAUUAUUAUGGUGGGGCUGUGAUUGGUGGCUUAGUAAAAGACGUAUACGAAGUUGCUAAAACCUGCCGGGAGCAGCUGGACAUUGAUGCAGCUAAAUCCAUUGAGGCAGCAUGGCAGGAGGAGUCUCAUUUGAACAAGUACUUCCUUUAUAACAAACCCAGCAAGGUGCUCUCAGCUGAAUAUCUGUGGCAGGACUUCAAAGCUCACACAAACGAGGUCAAAAUCAUUCGCUUCUCUCAAGUUAAUAAAAACUACGCUGCUGUUCGUCCAAACCCAUAGCAGAUGUUAACUGAAAUGUGCGAAAUCAAAACCUGGCAAAUAUUUUUCCAUCAGCUACGCAACAUUUUUACUGACUGAUGGAUGAAAUGUAUAACGUUGCAGUAUAAUAACCAUCAAAUGCUGGUCAAAACUCAGUUAUCAGCACUUGCAUAGAAGGCAAAGAAAUGCACUAAAAAAAACUAAAAUAAAAAAAAAAAAAAACUUAAAAAAAAAACACUGGUUAAAGAUUGUCAUGAUGUUUUUAUUUACUCAAGACUAAACAUGAUCUAAUAUUGGGAGUGAUGUAAUUCUUAUUGUGAAUAACAAAUUAUGAAUAUCUGUAUAUUGCAGCAGAUUGCUUCACAUUUAUUUUCAUUUUUAUCACUCUGGGUUUUGGGUUUCAUCAUACACUAUAUGGUCAUGUGUUCUGUCACUGAUGUAUGUAGAAGGAAUGUCACUGUGAUCCAUUAAAGAGAUCAGAGCUCACUAAAAA